UUGACAAGCUACUCUCCACAUCAUCUUCUACGGACCGAGCAUCGGCACAUUGACCGACCACCAAUCCCAGACCAUUCGUACCAUCAUACCAGUUUAUCUGAUUUUUAUCUUCCUUGGAUCCAGGUCUUGAUCUCUUGGGACGAACUCGAGCGAGCUUCUUGAAGGACAUAACCCAUAUCAAUUUCUCCGCAAUUAAUACACGCGGGAGUUUCCAGCCGACCGAGUUGUUUCCCGUGAUUUUGUUCUUACUUUUCCAAUUUCACGGUCUCUCUCCAGCCGACGACAUCUUGACCUUCUGAGCAUAUCUUCAACCAACUAUCCACAUCCCAAAGCCAAUAAUCAUAAUGUCCGACUCAGCGCCCGCCAUCGCGUCGGAGCCCGUCGCGCCCGUCGCCGACCUUCCCUCGGGCGAACCCAUUCCCCCUCCCUCCGCCGCCGCCGCCCUCGAGCCCAUCACGUCCGUCAACGAAAAGAAGCCCCAGCCGUCGCCGGCCGCCCUGGCCAAGGCCCUCUACGCCUCCGACGCCUUUCUCGCGCGGCUCAACAAGUGCCUAUCCACCCCCACGGGCAUCGACACCGUCCUCCUCCUACUCUGCUACACCUCCAAGUUCUCCGCCUCAAUUUUGGGGGUCCUCUCGCGCUCCAUCCUCCAACGGUCCUUGCGUGAGUGGCUCGCCGUCAUUGCGGGUUCCGUGCCCCCGGGCGCCAAGACCGCGGUCGUGGUCGACUCCAAGACUGCUGCCGCUGUCGCGCCUGCGGCUGCCAAAGCCCUCGUCCACGCCAAGCGCCUCAAUGCUCUUUCCACACUGCUGAGCGAGGCCCGUACCAUGACCCGCCUCUGGGCUUUGGUGGGCAUGUACUUCUGGGGCAAGGGCGUCUUUGCCAAAGCGGCGGCUGUUUGGCGGGCGAAGCGCAACCCUUCAUCUUCUUCUUCUUCCGCCCUUUCUGCCUCGGAAAAGGAGCAACUCCCCUCCACAACCGAGACAGCCAUCUCCCUCUUGCAAUUCUCCCUCUGCGUCGCCUUGCAAGUUCUCGAAAACGGCGCCUACCUUUCCUCCAAGGGCGUACUGGGUUGGCAACCCGCGCGCAUCGGAAAGGCAUAUCUGUGGUCAGCUAGGUUCUGGGCUGCGUAUGUCGGGAUUGAGAUUGGACGGCUCCUGGCGCUGGAGCCGAAGGAAAGGUGGAAGGAGGAUAGCUGGAAGGGUAACCUGGCCAAGAACUUGGCGUGGGCGCCGUUGACGGUACAUUGGAGUAGUGAGAAGGGGCUGGUGAGCGAGAUGGUGGUGGGGUUGCUGGGAAGUAUCCCGGGACUGGUGCAGAUGAGGGAGCUGUGGGCUUCUACUGCUUGAAUUAAUGCAGAGAACUUGAGUUGGGUUGAGCUUUAGGCUGGCUGUGAGGGGAGAAUAUGACGUUUAGGGCUUGGAUAUGUGGGAGGAAGAAAAGAAAAUGGAUUUGAUGAUGUUAUGGCUUGUAUAUAAGCGAGCGACUGCGGUGAUUAAGCGGUGUUCAGUCUCGCGAAGAUAGUUUUCAUGGUGAAGAUCCGGUUUGGGAGGUCAAAUAGGGUAUUCAAUUCAUAUCACUCCAAAAUGUUCAAAAUGAG